AUGGAGCAGACCAAAGCUCUCAACGCGCUCGAGCCCUUCCUGGCCCUGAGCAAGUCAGCAACCUCCCCCCGCGCCGCGGCCGACCUCGUCACCCGCGCAACAUCAAACCCAAACACCUUCCUCUUCACAGAGCUCCUCGAGACGCCCCAAAUCCAAGCCCUGUCCCAGUUCCCCGACUUUUCGCCGCACCUCCGCCUCCUCGAGCUCUUCUCUCACGGCACCUACGCCGCCUACCAGCCCGCCUCGGCCUCGGCCUCCCUCCCCCAGCUCAACGAUGCCCAGACCCUCAAGCUCCGCCAGCUCUCCCUCCUGACCCUGGCCCGCAACCGCUCGAACCUCACCUACGCCGCCCUCCAGUCCGCCCUCUGCCUCCCCUCGACGCGCGCCCUCGAGGACCUCGUCAUCUCUGCCAUCUACGCCGGCCUCCUCGACGCCACCCUUGACCCCCGCCGCCAGGUCGUCCAGGUAAACUCCCUCGCCGCCCUCCGAGACCUGGCACCAGGCGCCGUCCCGCCCAUGAUUCGCGCCCUGCACGCCUGGUCCAGCCGCUGCGAGUCUACCCUUGGCGACCUUGAAUCCCAGAUCGCCGGUAUCCGCGACGCUGCCGCCCGCCGCCAGCGCGACAAGGCCGAGCAGGAGGCCCGUCUGGAAAAGCUUGUCGAAGACGUGCGCAAGGACCCCGAGUCUGGCGCAGGCAGGAAGCUCGCCGUCGGUCACGCGCACAGCGGCGGCGAGAGGGUGGGCGGUUUCCUGGGCCACACGUCUAGAGCACAGCGGUAUAAUAAGCGAGGCAGCACCAGUAUGAUGGACAACACAGAGGAGAUUGACGACGAGGCUAUGGACGUGGAUGAGGAGGAUGACGAGCAGGAGAAGAAGCGGGCUAGUCGACGGAAGCUUUAG